AUGUCCAAGUCCUUCACCCCGGCCGACGUGGCCUCCCACAACAGCCCCGACAACGGCAUGUACAUCAUCAUCGACAACUCCGUCUACGACGUCACCAAGUUCGUGGAUGAGCACCCAGGCGGCGCAAAGAUUCUCAAGCGCGUGGCUGGCAAGAAUGCAACCAAGCAGUUCUGGAAGUACCACAAUGAAUCCGUCCUGAAAAAGUAUUCGCCCAAAUUGAAGAUCGGCGAGGUCAAGGAUGCUGCCAAGUUGUGA